GAUGUAAAAAAAAGUUUAUGCAACAUGAUAUUAAAUUGGGAAUAUUAUCGUUAACACGUAAUACAAUGCAUGGCCUUAUAAAGGCGAAGAUCACUCGUUGAAUUCACAUUAAUUAAAGAGUUGCCUUAUCGAACAGAUAAUUAAUGAAAGGAUUUUAAAUUACAUAAAACUUAUAUAGACAUUUUAUCAUAAUGAAUAAUUGGACAAUUAUUCUUAUGCUUUUCAUGGCGAAACUGACACUUUCGCAAGCAGAUUCAAACCAUACUUAUUCUGAAGAUUAUCCCGAAACAGAAGACCACGGAGCAAUACUGAAAGACUAUUCCCACACCAAAAAUAUCAUUGCGGCUGCUGUGAUUUGUACAAUUUGCUUUGUCUUGUUGGCAAUGUUACUUGUAUAUUUCAAACUCGGGAGGAAAAACAUUGCAUGUUACACUAAGGACGACCCCGCUGUCAAAGAUGAUCAAGAUUUUGAGUUAAAAGAAAUUUUCAUUACAAAUCAAGUUGAAGUUGAAGGUGGGAGCGACACAGUUUAGAUCCAAACGUGAUGGGAUACGUAUCAAGAGUGGACGGUGCAGGGAUUCGGGGUUUGGGGAAUCGAAAUGCGACAUUACCUAAUGAUCAGCAGUUGAUCACAGCACAAUACAAAAAUGUAUUACAUUACAUUACACAAUAUAAUGUUUAAAACAACAUCGAAUUAUCACAACUUUACUUAUUGUGUGUAAUAAAAAUACAAUUCUGACAACGAAACCAUGAUAUUUAAAGUAUGUGCUUACAAGAUGUCAGUUGAAAAUGCGUCUGCUUAUUUUUGACAUAUUUUUCACAGUGAUGGCCCCCGUUUAUUAUGGACGGUAAGAUAUUAAAUGCCUCAAAAUGACCAUAGUACUAUCGAUAUAUGGACAAAGCUACACGCACUUAACAUGAAGUCGUCUUUCGUCCAGACCCACCCACCCCUUCACCACAAAGCACCAGCUGAAGAGGAACUUAACAGUUAAAAGUGUUCACAUGUGUUUGGCGAAGUAAAACAUAUUGAUUAACGAAAGAUAAAGAUAUGUUAACACAUCAUAAAUUUAUAUCAAUUUAUCAUUUUACGAGUUUCAAGUUUAUUGGAAUAGUCAAUAUUUAGAAAGGCUGUUUAAAUGUCUUAGAAUUGAAUGAUAGGAGAAUGUUUUUGCUUGUUUAAACGAAGUUGUGAUAUAUAGACUUAAUAAAAUAAACAAGAAUAAAAGUU